GAGGCCUCGCACACCACCGUGACAGCACUCCCUACGUCUCAUCACACCGAAAGUGCAGCCACCUCUCCGAAUGCCACAUCCGAGGCCUCGCACAUCAGCGUGACAGCACUCCCUACGUCUCAUCACACCGAAAGUGCAGUCACCUCUCCGAAUGCCACAUCCGAGGCCUCGCACACCACCGUGACAGCACUCCCUACGUCUCAUCACACCGAAAGUGCAGCUAACUUUCCAAAUGCCACAUCAGAGGCCUCGCAUACCACCGUGACAGCACUCCCUACUUCUAACGACAUGACAAAUAACACCAACUCUCCGAAUACCACAUCUGCGGGACCCACCACUGUGACUGCAAUCCCUAUCUCCAACCACACGGAAAGUACCGCCACUCAUUCCAGUAUGUCAUCAGAGAUACCCAUCAGCAAGGCAUCAACGUCCUCCUCCAGUCCCCCACCAAGCACAUCCACUCCUUUUGCACUGACUUCCAAGGAAUACACUUCUGUGACUUCCACUUUCAUCUCUAAGAAAUCCACCACCACUUCUGAACCAACCUCCACCUCCCAUCAUGCAGUGGUUCCUUCUGUUCCUUCCAAGAGUACCACAGUGGGGACAACUUCGUUUUCUGAGUCAACCAAAACAGUAUUUCUACCUUCUAGCUCUUCUACCAUUAACAGCUCCACCACGUCGAGAGCCAUGUCCCCGGCCAUCCAAACCAGCCACUUGCCAUCCACUUCUCAUGGAAAUAUAACAGUCUCCACCUCGUCCCCUUCCACAACUGUUUCUCCAAGCACCUCCACGAAGCAGAGCUCCACUCCUCCUGCUUCCUCGACCACAGCGCCCCCUUGGUGCAAGAACGGGGUCCCUGUCGGGGAUCACUGCCAGUGCUUCACCCCUUACACUGGACAGCACUGCGAGCAGGUGCAGAAUACAUUCCCCUUAGUGCACGUGAAUGUCACGGUCAACGUCAACAUAACUGUGGAAAACUGGAAAUAUGAUCCCAGUAUGUCGGAUCACGGGUCCCCUGCCUUCAAACAUUUUGUGAACAUAUUUGAGAAAGAGGUGAGGUCGAAGUCUGAAGUGGUUUUGUUCUGA